AUGCCUCGAGGACGUCCACCUAUCCAACGAAGCGAAGAAGAAGCCAAGAUAGCUCGAAGAGCUCAAGUACGCCGCAAUGUUCAGGCUUAUCGACUACGCAAGCACUCCAAUGGUGUAUCCGGAGAAUCUCAAAUAUCGCCUAAGGAGCCGUUCAGUUUCGUGUUCGAAGAAUGGAGCCAGGAUGAUUUUACGCGCCCAUUGGACACAAGUCUUAAUGCGCCACCAGAGCAACAGUAUAACCUCACGAGACACGAUGGUGGCCGCGACGCAUCUUCGGAGAUCAACCAGAACUCGCCCAUGUUCCGAAAAUUCAACUUGUUGGUGGAAAUACCUCCGGAGAUAAAUGCUGCUCGAGUAUCCCGCCAGCAAUUCACAUCAAACGCUGCCACUGCAUUCUUCCCCACGGUACAGAACGGAGAUCCUGUUUCCUUAGAGACUGGCCCGCACUGGGCUCAACUGAUCCCAGACCUCGUCAAUAAAAACGAUGUCCUGGACUCUUCCAUCCAGGCUCUCUGCCUCGUGCAGAUCAGUCACGUCAUGCAGGAACGUUGGCUAUUACGAAGCAGUCUCACAUUCUACGACAGGGCACUGCAAGCGUUUCAGGGAGUGAUAGCAGAACCCACUCAAGCAUUCAAAGCCGAGAUCUUCGCAACGGCCAUGGCGCUUGCUACUUACGAACUGCUCCAGGGAACUAACGCCAACGAAAGCCGUGGCUAG